GAUUGAAAUUGAAACCACAGAUCAUGUUUUGAAAUAGUCUCAGAUUGUAGUCUUUUAGUGUGUUGAACAAAAUUAGCCAUUCACAUUAGGUUUUAAAUCGAAGUAUGGAAAGCUGCUAUCUUGUUUUUGUCGAGCUGUUUGUCAUGCUUAGAUUAAGUUCUACAAAGGAAUUCUGCAAAAAAAUGGACGAGAGUGCUAGCUGCAGGUUUCCAUGCAACUGUCAAUUAGGCGAAUGUACUUUAUCUGGCCAUUGUGCUAAAGAACGAACAUGUAGCCCGCCAUUCUUCGGAGAACUCUGCCAAUACAUUGACAGAGCCUACGAAGCUACUGCUCCGAAAUUUGCUAUCGAUUUUAACAAGGACACUUGCAAUAGAGACAGGUCUUCCAGAGCGAUAGUUUUUCUAUUUAACACAGAAAUACGAUUUUUUUUUAUGGAAAUUGAUUUCGCACACUUCUCGUCAGUUCCAAUGUCACUUCUAAAAUUUAGCGUUCGAAUCAACUUUAACGACAAUGCUGAAGACACUCGCGAGUCAAUGAAAAUUUUAGAGAAAACCCCACACAAAGUACAGUACUACUGUGAUUCAAAAAUAUCUUUCACUAAACUGACUCUGCAUGGUAGAGGUAUAUCUCACAUCUGCUCGGUUUAUGUCAGCGGAGGUAGAAAUUUUGCUGCCUUCAACAGAAAUAUCUCAAUAAACCAAACCAAUGCUUUAGCAGAGGUAAGCCAAACCAGAAUAAAUGGAGAUAUCCUUCAUUCUGUUGAUAAUGACAUCUCUACAUGCUUCCACGCGGAUAACCAGAAUUCCUGGGAAAUCAAUUUUCAUAUACACUUUUUGCUUUCCAGAAUAAUCAUCCACAACUACAAAGGCCGAGAAUUGGUGGACGCACGCCUGGACAACUUUACGCUCUCUUUGCUCUACGAGCGUAACAACGAACGCAAAGAUCUAGUGGUGACAGAAGGAAACAAAGAUAGGUACGAUUUACUCUUCGAUGCUGCUAGUGUACUCCAAGUAACGCUCAGGACACCAAAUGACGCCAUUGCCUUUUGUGAAAUUGAAGUUCUGGGCGACUGCCCCAAGGAUCUAUCAGGACCUACUUGUUCACACAGGUGUGCAUCAGACACGUGCGAUACUGAGGGGAACAGAUACUUACUUUCAGCAGAAAUGCCUUUUGUCUAUAGAAAAAUGUGUGCUAAUUGUCUUGACUGUGACGAUACAACUGGGCUUUGUGGUGGUGACUGUAACCCUGGCUAUAAAGGAAGUCAUUGUUUAGAAGUUUGUGGUUACUGUUCCGGAGACGGAAUCUGCAAUAAAGAAAGUGGAGUUUGCCCAAACCUGUGCCAGAUUGGCUAUUACGGAAAAAAUUGCAAUCAAAAUUGUUCGCAAUGUAAAGAUGGCUAUUGUAAUCGAGAAACUGGAGACUGUCAAUCUGGAUGUGAGGUCAAGUACACGGGCUUGAAAUGUGAAGAGGAAUGCCCUCGCUGUGGUGGAGACGGAAGUUGCAACCAACAAGACGAAAAAUGUCUCUACGGAUGUCCUGCAGGAUUUAGAGGAGAUAAAUGUUUGUUCGAAUGUGGGAAAUGCGCUGGUAAUGGAAACUGUGAUCAAAGGACUGGCAUCUGUCAUGACUUCUGUAAACCUGGGUAUUGGACGCCGGACUGUACCAAAACUUGUGGUCAAUGUAACAAGCAGAAAUGUAAUAUUUCCGACGGACGCUGUCUUCAUGGCUGUUUGAAAGGCUUUAAGGGAGACACUUGUAAAAUUAAUUGUAAGAAUUGUCUACAGUCGUUAUGUGAUGACUCUGGUCAUUGCAUUAUGGGAUGCUUCAUGGGAUUCGCAGGAGAAGACUGUGAGACAGCCUGCCAAAAUUGCAAUAAAACAAACUUUUCAUGUAACAGGACAAAUUUCCUAUGUUUAUAUGGCUGUGACACUGGGUUUUUUGGAAAUGAUUGCCAUUCACCCUGUGGGAAGUGUGCAGGAGACGGAACGUGUCACCGACUAACUGGCACUUGUUACGAUGGCUGUAUAGCUGGCUAUAAGGGCUUCAACUGCAAAGACCAAGGAAAAGUCAAUCCUUCAGAAUUCACAGUCAUUGAUGAAAUUGACCCGAUAGAUACAACCACCGUCUACUACGGAAUGUUUGUUGCAUUCAUUUGUCUUUUUGUCUGGUACACUCUGUGCUGUGACGGCUGUCUCAAGAAUUGUCAGGAGGCUAAUGAGGUCAAAGACAGGUCUGCCGCGCAACAAAAUAGAGAAGCACGGAAGAAGCAAAACAUUUCGCAGGAUUCUAAAAUCUCAGAUACCAGUGCGACCAGUCGAUCUAGUUCCAGUGAUUAGAGUGUAGAGUCAAGCCCACAAUGGUAACUUCUCUAUACGUUGAAAUUUGAGAACCUUUUACUAAGAUAGCUGAUUCUUUGUUCCUUUUAAAAAGAAAAGAAACUAUUUGCAUGAGUGUGGCUUUUACUAUGAAGUGCAUGAAUGAUAUAACAAUAAUUUUAGAAACUGACCUAAAAGCCUGCAUGUGAUUUUAGAAUGUACAUUUAUAGAAGCUUUUUUUUUUUAAAUUUACCUACUCCUUAGAAAAAGUUGCAGCAUUUUUUACGCCAUUGUUUUUGUAAUAGAAAACAAAUAGAUUAAUCUAAUCUAAUAUGGAAAUGAAUAGAUUGACUGCAAUAUGAAUGUUCAGAAAAAUUUCUUGCGUUUGUUAAAUAAGCUCAAUUUUUGAAUUCAUUGGUAAAUAAAAUAU